GAUCAAGUCCAAGUGUCAAAUUCGUUGUCUUUGUACUAACUACUAAUGUCGUAAAUCGUAAUUAAACUUGAAAUUAUUUAAUAAAUUACGUUAAAAGUCAUGAGUAUUAUGUGUGAAUCUAAGGGUUUUUUAUUAUAAAAGUGUCAUAUAAUGCAAAAUAUUUGCUCAAUCGAUGGAAUCAACAAAGAAAUCUAUUGAAAUGGAUAUUGCGUCCAAUAGUCAAAACAUGCAUUCAGAAUCUCAAAAAGCGGGGGAAAAUAGCGAUAAGAGUAAAAACAAACUUUCAUCGGAAUCUCAGGGAAACUGUUACUGUGGUAAAGAUCGCAACCUUAAUAUAGUUGAGCUCUUAUGUGCGUCGUGCAACAGAUGGUAUCAUGAGUCCUGUAUUGGAUAUCAGUUAGGCAAAUUAGUGCCUUUUAUGACGAAUUAUCUCUUCAUUUGCAAAAAUUGUUCACCAACCGGAUUAGAAACUUUUAAGAAAAAUCAAGCUCCCUUUCCGCAAAUGUGCCUCACAGCGAUAGCAAACCUUAAACAGGAGAGCUGUAAAGAAGGCAGUAACAAAAAUAUGUUCAGUAAAGAUAGGGAGAUCAUUCCUUAUAUUGACCAGUACUGGGAAGCUAUGACUACAAUGCCAAGAAGGGUAACUCAGUCCUGGUAUGCCACAGUACAACGAGCUCUCGUCAAAGACAUACAAGUUCUAUUCACUUAUGAGGAAGACCCAAACCUUGGGCCAAUGUUUGGUCUGUUCAAUAUAGAAUUGACAAGCAUAAAGCCUAACUACGAAGCUAUGAUCAAGCAAGGGCAGCUGAAGGUCACUGACAUGGGUGUCGCAACUGUUCCUCUAGGUGGCAAUGUAAAAGGGCGUCAGGGAAAGCGUCGUCCGGCCGUGGGACUCGAAGCGAGCGCGCCGGUUGGCAAGAAGGGUCGGUCAGCUGACUUGAGUGCGUUGAAACUACCCUCGCACGGCUACCCCACUGAGCAUCCCUUCAACAAGGACGGCUAUCGGUACAUACUUGCUGAGCCAGACCCCCAUGCGCCGUUUAGACAGGAGUUCGAUGAGAGCAACGAGUGGAGUGGUAAACCAAUCCCAGGCUGGCUCUACCGGUCGCUGUGUCCCGGUAUUGUGCUAUUGGCUUUGCACGAUCGCGCUCCGCAACUGAAGAUCGCCGAGGACAGACUUGCGGUCACUGGCGAGAAGGGUUACUGCAUGGUCAGAGCGACACAUGGCGUGUCGCGCGGCUCGUGGUACUGGGAGGCGGCGGUGGAGGAGAUGCCGGAGGGCGCGGCCACGCGGCUGGGCUGGGGCCGCCGCUACGCCAACCUGCAGGCGCCGCUCGGCUACGACAAGUUCGGCUACUCGUGGCGCAGCCGCAAGGGCACCAGGUUCCACGAGUCCCGCGGGAAGCGCUACAGCGCGGCGUACGGCGAGGGCGACACGCUGGGGUUCCUCAUCGUGAUGCCGGACAGCACCGCCACCAAGUACACGCCCAACACCUACAAGGACAGGCCUCUAGUCAAAUUCAAGAGUCACCUCUACUACGAAGAUAAAGACAACAUUCAGGAAUCGCUGAACAACCUGAAGGCUCUCCCGGGCAGCCGGAUAUUUUACUUCAAGAACGGCGAGUGUCAGGGCGAGGCGUUCGCGGACAUCUACCAGGGCUGCUACUACCCCACCGUGUCGCUGCACAAGAACGUUACGGUCAGCGUCAACUUCGGACCCAACUUCAAAUUCCCGCCUUCGACCGACUGCAAUUAUAGACCGAUGUCAGAAAAAGCUGAAGAAGCAAUAUGUGAGCAGACGAUGGCUGAUCUGUUGUUCUUGACAGAGAAUGAGGGGAAAUUACGUCUGGACACGUUCAAUCUCUGAUACAACUAACACCGUUUAACGGUGUUUCUAUCAAUAUAGACUAAUGUGGUUGGAAAGACGUAAUCGUAUGUGUAACAUUUUAAAUUGGUCUGAUAACAAGCAUAAGUGACGUGUAUUAUGUGUGCUAUUUAACUUGUACCGGUUACACGAGCCGCACGCACGCAAGUGUGUGACUAGUGACGUCACCACUGCAACGUUAACUACGUCUGUCGUUGUGUCAAGCCUGAUGUAAGGAAUCAGACCCGAUAGAGCGCUUGUGGACGCGGUCAUACGUUAUGUCACGAUGUUCGUGUCAGACAUUAAGAAUCGAGUGCGUUGCGUACUACUAAAAAGUGUACUCGUUCUGUGCUAUAUGGUCAGUUUUUACUGUGAAGAAAAUGGGGGACUGUCUUCAGCACACCAGUUAGUUUUUUUUUUUUAUGAUAUUGGUAGGAUAGGCAAAUGGGUCACCUGAUGGUAAGUGGUCAUAGACAUUGGCGCUGUAAGCAAUGUUAACCACUACACCAACCUUGGGAAUUAAGAUGUUAAGUCCCUUGUGCCAGUAGUUACAUUGCCUCACUCAUCCUUCAAGCUGGAACAUAAUAAUACUAAGUAUUACUAUUUGGCAGUAGUUUUGUGAAAAACCCUAUCAGUAGUUAGAAAAUAAAGCAUCUAUCGUGACAUUAAAUAAAAUUAUCAAUGUUUCUAUUUUAUAAUAACUAUCCACAUAUUUUAAAUACCCGGUGUACUACUAGCAAGUAAGAAAAUAUUUCAUUAUUAUAAAUGUAAGUCCAACUGUUUCUUAUUGAUUGAGUGAUUCAUGUGACAAAAUCUCACACUAAAAGUUAUAAGUUUUUAUAAAGACUCGAACUUACCAAUAUCCUCAGAGGCAUAAGUGGCCUCAGUGGUCAAGUGGCAAGCUUAAAAGGCUGCUGAGGCGGAGUUGCAGUUGAAAUCCUGGCUCGGGUCAAGAAAUUUUAUUGGAAUUGUACAGUUAUGAAUUGUGAAUAACAGUUCAGAACUUCAACUUAAGUUUUAAGUCCCGGAGCCAAUUCUACUAAUUUAUAAGGGUUACGAUAUGUUAUCGAUUCAGUUCCAAAGCAAAAUCGAUUCUUUAUCUAUAUAAUUUGAACCAAAACGAUACGAUGUUAUCAUAUGCUGUAAUAUCAAAAUUAGCCUGAAUUGUAACUUUUAUGCCAAAGUGGAUAAAAAAAAAUUAAAAGAAUAGGAAAACGGUUAUACUGCCAUGAUUACAUUCUAUUCGAUGCGAUAAAUUGACAAUUUGUUAGUAGAAUUGGCCCCCUGGUCUAUCUCCGUCGCGUGUAAAACUAAGGGAAUUGAUAGUGCACAUAUGUUUGCAGAUGUAUACGUGUAAUGUAAUAUCCUGCCUAAAUAGAUAGACUCUGUGUUUAGUCUCUAUGACCGAAAUGUAUCGUUGGAUAAUUAUCAUUAUUGAAUGGUUGUUUUUGUAGGAUGAUUUAGUAUCAUUUCUUUAUUGAAAACUGAACGUAAAUAAAACGUAUUAAAUGUACCUACCAGUUGGUAUAAUUCAAUGCAUUAAUUGUUGCAAUAAAUUAAUCUCUACUGUUAUUAUUUAUUAUUUUGUCAGUAGAGUUAAUACUGACUUAAUCUGCUGUAUAGGCUAAUACAUCCUUCAGAGGUGGUCUGGGUUUUAAAAUUAACAUAAAAGUUUGGUAAAUAUGUUUAAACUAUAUGUCCUUGUUAAAGGUUGUAAAAAGUGCGCACGGCAUAGUAGUCAAUCAGCGCUGCCGUAUAAAUAAAUUAUAAUUAAAUAUCUGGACAAGAAAUGUUCUAGAAAAAUAUAAAUCAUGGUAGAUAAUUCUUACAAAUGGCAAAAUAUUAUAUGUAUAUACUUCAUACUUGCUUUGUCUAUGGAAGGUAUACAGAUAAUAAAAUGAUUUCAUUGCAAUUUGGCAAUAUUAUUUAUACCUGAUAUUUUAGGCAUAAGAAAAUAAUCCUAAGUCCAUGUAUAAAGUGAUUACGAAGAUAUCUGAGUCAAAAUAACAUAUUUUUGUAUUUAUUAACAGUUUUCGGUGAAUAUCUCAUACCAGGCAGCUGUUCAGUAGAUAUUUAUAUAAAUUUAUUCAAAUGAUGUACGUAAAUGUGUGACUUUUGCCUCCAUAAUAGCCACCUGGCAUGAUAUGUUCCCUGAUAAUUGAUUUGCUGGCUAAACAAUGCGUUGAAUUGAAUAUCAUUUUAAAGUAUGUAUUUUAAUGUGUUUUUGUCAUAGAAACAAGAUAAAUUAUUCAUAAUAUGAUUAAAUUUAAAGAUAAUACAUUAAAUUGUAAAAUAAAUUGUAUUGAUCAUAAAUAAAAACGGACUUUUCAAUGAGUGAUGUACAGUUUGUAUGAAUAAAAGUAUUCUUUGAUUGUAAGAUAUUGGAAUCUUUUUAAAUGUAAUAAAAUGUUUACAAAUG